CAAUCACGUGAAACCAUGUCACGUGACCGCUGCGUCAAUAACAGCCUGCCCACCAGACACAACCUGAGUUUAGACCACUGUACAGCCGGGGACACGAUGAACACACUGCUGACCUUCUCCAUCCCCUUGUUAUUCAGCUCGUUGGUCUGGAGUGGAUAUCUGGAAUAUGACCAAGAUGUCUUGAUACCAGAGGACUGGACUCAUGUGGGUCGGGUCGACUCCACCGAGGAGCUGGAGCUGACCUUUGCCCUGAAGCAGCAAAAUGUUGACCUACUGGAGGAAACACUCAGACUGGUGUCGGACCCUGACUCUGCACAAUAUGGUAAACACCUCACGUUGGAGGAAGUAUCCUCCCUCGUGCAUCCGUCUGAACUGACCCAAAAGGUGGUGCAUCACUGGCUGCAGAGUCAUGGGAUUACAAACUGCCUGACUGUUCACACUCAGGAUUUUUUACAGUGCACCAUGACUGUAGAGGUUGCAGAGACACUGCUUCCAGGCAGCAAGUUCCACCGUUACGUCAGAGACGGCCAUUCUCUGGUGAGGUCUUCAGCUCCGUACUCUGUUCACGAUGAUGUUCACCAGCACCUGGACUUUGUUGGAGGGCUUCACCGCCUCCCUCCUAAAGAGCAGGACCUCAGCAAAGCCUCUUCUAAAAGGCAGUCUAAGGCAGGGGUGCACCUGGGAGUGACUCCCGCCAUCUUGAGGGUUCGCUAUAACCUGACAGCAACUGAUGUGGGAACAGCUCAGAACAAUAGCCAGGCAGUAGCUCAGUUCUUGGAGCAGUAUUACAGCCCUGCAGACCUGGCUGAGUUCAUGAGCAUGUAUGGCAGGAGCUUCCAGCAUCUCUCUCAGGUGGACCGGGUUGUAGGCACUCAGGGAGGAGGGAAGGCUGGUCUGGAGGCCAGUCUGGAUAUAGAGUACAUCAUGAGCACAGGGGCAAACAUCUCCACAUGGGUCUUCACCAAUCCAGGUCGUCAUGAGUCCCAGGAGCCUUUCCUCCAGUGGAUGGUUUUGCUCAGCAACAUGUCUGACCUGCCCUGGGUUCACACGAUCAGCUACGGAGACGAUGAAGACAGCCUGUCUGCUGCGUACAUGAUGCGCAUCAACACAGAGUUUAUGAAAGCUGGCGUCAGGGGAAUCUCUUUGCUCUUUGCUUCUGGUGACAGUGGUGCCGGAUGCAGACAUUUGGGUAAAGAGAACUCCUUCAGGCCAAGUUUUCCUGCCUCAAGCCCAUAUGUGACUACAGUAGGAGGAACCUCAUUCAAGAACCCAUUUAAGGUCACGUAUGAAGUUACAGAUUACAUCAGUGGAGGAGGUUUCAGCAACAUCUUCAAGAUGCCUGACUACCAGGCCAGUGCAGUGGAUGCGUAUCUGAAGACUGUAGCAGCAGCCCUCCCUCCUCAGUCAUAUUUCAAUACCAGCGGCAGGGCCUAUCCAGACAUGGCUGCCCUGUCUGAUAAUUACUGGGUGGUCAUCAACAGAGUACCCGUCCCCUGGGUGUCUGGGACCUCGGCGUCAACCCCUGUGGUCGGAGGCAUGAUGUCUCUCAUCAAUGAUCAGCGGCUGCUAAAGGGCCUGCCUGCCCUGGGCUUCCUCAACCCUCGCCUCUACAAGCUCAAAGGACAAGCCCUAUUUGAUGUGACUGAAGGCUGUCACCUGAGCUGUCUGGACGAACAGGUUCAGGGUAAAGGUUUCUGUGCUGCACCAUCAUGGGACCCUGUUACAGGCUGGGGGACGCCAAACUACCCUGCACUUCUGGCUGCCCUGCUAGCUGAGUGAAAACCAUGCAGUUCAAGUUAAGCCAUCAGGGCAGUGUCUGCUCUGAGAGCAGGUACUAUACACACACAUCCAAACUCUUGGUACCUGAUACCAAAGGCAGGAUGGUGAAAUGGAGGGAAAACAAUGCCUACACAGAUUUAUGCCUCUGUUUUAUUCUGUUCAUUUAAGGUUGAAACGCUAUGUUCCAGUCUUCAGGAUUUUUAUGUCGUCAUCACUUUCAGGAUACUCUUGACUCCUUUUCAGUAUAUUUUAUUUCCUCCAAAAGGCUUUAAACUGUUUCCUUUAAAUACUUUUAGGUCAGGGAUAGUGUGGUGGUUUGGGAUUUUGCUACACUGCAGCUGCCUGUUUCUGCUGUUCACUGCAUUUUAACUGACCCAGAUUUCUCUGUGAAUCUCUUAAAUUUACAGGCAGAUGGGUGUUAACAGUAAUCUCACGCCUUAAAUUCAUGCCGCUACAUAUACACAGCAAUGGGAAGUGUGGGUAAACUGGUUGCUAUGCAUAAAGAACAUAAACAUACUAAAAUACACACAUCAAUCACCUCUUAGAUGUGCACAUAGGCCUAUUCUAAUAUUUUUGUAUAUUAAUACAAUGUUAUGUCAAUCUAAUCUAUAUACCAGAUGCAAUCAUUUCACCAGAUUAAGGCAAUUUAGCAUGUAAUUAGAUACAGGUUUGGUUUGUAAUAAGACUGAGCUUUGUGUUUUGCCAUACUACACUGCAGGGAUGAGUGAGGCACAAGUCACCUCAUUUAAUAACAAAUAUACUGUACUUGCAUGCAAUUCUAAAAAUGUCACUCAUGGAUUUGUAAUAAAACAGGAACAUACAGUAUGUGGUUUAAGAUUAACAGGACCUUUUUAAAACUUGAGUUUACUUUGGUUUGUUGCUGUUUGCUCUGCAGCUAUGAACUAAUCAAAUGCACUAAUAUGUGGGUUAAAAGUGAUUCAGCAACCUACCCACCAGCAUUGUUGCACUUGUUUUUACCUUUUUAACCAUGUAAAUUCUCAAAUCAGAUGUAUUUAAUGUGCGAAAGACUGCCUGUGUGUUUGUGAAAUUAUUAAAGCUGGAUUUUUCUUGGAAAUGUCAGUUGACUGAUUCAAGAAAAUGAAAGCUGAAUGCUGCAGUUAUUAGAAAUGAACCAGAUGCUUAGUGUUGUGCAAAAGAGAAUGCAAUGGAAAGAGCUGAAUCAACAAAAAAAAUAUCACAACUAAUUUGAUUAAUGCUAAAUCAUGUCUUUUUUUUCUUCUUUUUUUUUUUUUUUUAAGCAAAACUGCCAAAUAUUUCCUAGUCUCUGCCUCUAAAUUGUGAGGUUUUUCAGAUUUGAUUAUGUCUAAUGUGACAGUAAGCUUAACAUCUUUGGGUUGUUGGUUGGACAAAACAAGCAAUUUGAAGACAUCACCUCGCGUAUUCACUAUUUUCUGACAUUUUAUAGAGCAAUUUUGUUGCAGCCCUAAAAUUGUUUCUACUGAAGACCUGAUUGUAACAACUAGUAACAGUUGAGAUUGCAGCUGGCAAUGACUAUCUCUUUAAAAAGAUAGUAUUAGAAUCAAACCUUUUUCAAUGCAAAUUUUUGCUGUUCCCCCUGGUCUGUGUUUCUUAUGUCAGACAGAAACAAUUAGUUGACAGUGUGUUCAAAUCAUUGUUACACAACUAACCAGCUGUAAGAUGUCACUUUAAAGCUGCUUAAUUUAAGUUUUAAGAUGUGAUAAAAUUGUCAAUCAUGUAUAUGCAAUACACUGAAAAAUAAAAGUACCUGAAUUUUUCA